CAUGGAGGCUUUAGCCAAGGCGGGUCCUCUAUGUCUGUAAAGGGGAGUGAACUUGCUGGGUGCUGCUUUAGGAAACCCUUUUUAUCUUAAAGGAAGCGUCGAAGUUGUGUGCAGAAGUAUCUCAAUGAAAGCUCUAGUAGUGGAGGAGUUUGGCGACUCUUCAAAGCUGAAGUAUUCAGAGACGACAAAACCAGACCCCGCGGAAGGCGAGGUAUUAAGCUUAUUUAAAUAAUUCAUAAGAUAAAAAUGAAUUGAAUAAAUAAAUUCACAGCAAGAAUGGAGCGUGUUAUGGCGAAAUAUGACAUAAUACGCAGGAUUCUCAGUAAGUUUUCAAGUAGACAAGUACUGGUAGGAUGUAAAAUUAGGCGGCUUGGCAGUCAAGUACUCAGUAGGCUGUGUAGGCAAUUUGAGGGUUUCACUCCGAUCCCUCACUUUACCCAUUUGCCCCCAAAAGUAGAUGGCCCAGACCUGAAAGUAGUCGGUUAGUAUUUAAUGAGAACCCUGAGUAUGGCCCACAGAGCCGAACAAACUCAGCAAGUGUUGACUGAGAUCAAACCCUUUCUUUUAAUUUGACCACAGUUUACCCUAGUCUCCUUCGCAGCCGUUAUUUGGGUCGUCACGCAACGCUCCUCCCCAGUGGGGACCCUAAUAACGGCUGCGAAGGAGACUAAGGUUACCCAGGCUCUGUGAUAGUACCAUAGUACGGUUCCAGAAAAUUAAGAAAAAAGAAACAUAUACCAGCUGAUGGCUAAAUUUUGUAUUUUUUCAACUCUUGGAGUACUACAAAGUUUCCCUUUUUUUUUUCUCUACCGUUGUGGUCAAUUAAGCUUUGAAAGGUGGAGUUUUCCAAGAGCUAAAAAGUUACGUACAUGUUUCUUUUUUUUUCUCAUUUUGGCGUGUGCACUGGUUUUGCUUGGGUGACUCACGAUUGGCUCAAGUGAACAAUAGCCCUUGAGCAAAUGUAUUUCCAGCGGGAGAGGCUAACUUUGGGCAAGCUAUGUAUCGGUCUCUAGAAAGGUCAUCCUAGGACACCCGGGAUGGAUUUGAUUUGUACAGAGCCCAGGCCUCAUUUGUUUGGCUGUGCAUUAAGCUGGCCCGGCCACUUAAGGGUGUCAACUUCAGGCUCUUUUGGAUUAUAUCACUCCACGAUAAUGUUGAAGAGUGAGAGCACUUGGAAUCAGAAAUGUACGGAAUGUUGUGAGCCCGCAAUAUGCCUUUUUAGCAAAAGGGAUAUUUCAAUCCACAAUAUACAACGUUACUUUUGGAAAAUCCAAGACGGCGGAUGUCGACAUGUUCACUUUGUAGAUUUGCUACAAACCUUAGUUGUUCAUACCAUUUCAUCUACCUUCAAGGUUUAUUUAAUCGCACAAAUACAUAAAAGUAGAAUGUAUGGAACCUGAAGAGUUCUGGUCGCCAACGUGGCAACUAACUUUUGAAUCUAGGUCACCAGCAUGAUAAACUUAGGCGCAUUGGCGACUGUAUCAGGCGCAAUUUCGUGCCCUACCCUUGACGCUUUGCAUCUUGGUAUAUAUAUCCACCACUACUCACUUCCCCUUCGGAGGAUAGUUGUAUAGUAUAUUAUUUCUACCAUCCUAGCAUGUUUAUUUACCGUUGGAGUUCAAAUUUUGUGGAAAAAUCUGUGAUGGAAAGGGAGCAUAGUGGCCGAGAUGCCAUCUUGUGCCUCUCCUACCUUGUGUAUUAUAUUGUAUGGAGGGUGAAUUUGAGCAUUAUCACAAAAAUUCAUUUGAACAUUAAGGACAACAACAACUAACUGCAGAAUAAGUUUCAUUGACCUUUAUUUAGUAUUUCCUACAAAUUUGUGCAUGGUGCUUAGUCACAGAGCCUGGAUUACCUGUGAUUUGACAGCAGUAUUGUUUUCCUUUUUCUAGGUUUUGGUGAAAAAUCAAAUAUGUGGCCUGAACUACCUUGAUAUCAUUAUAACAAAGGGGUUGCAAUUGUCAUUAGAGAGUUUGGGAUCUACAUUUCCUGUCACCAUGGGAGUAGAGGCUGCUGGAAUAGUGGAAAAGAUUGGUGAUAAAGUUGAUGGUGUAGCUGUUGGAGACAGAGUAGGAUAUGUAGUUAUUGGAUCCGGUGAGUGUUUUAUGUUUACACUUGUACAUAGAACUACGCCUUCAUUGGAUCUGGUGCGGUACUGUACAUAAAAUUGUCUUAUUACUAUAGUGGUAACUUCAAGGAAACCUGGAAGGUAAUAAAUAGUUCCCAGGGAUGCAAACCUAAAGCGACAGUUAUAAAUGAACUUAUUUAUAAGGGCAAAGAUUUUGCACUGAAGCAAGAUAUAGCUGAGCAAAUUAAUAAUCACUUUUGUUCGGUAGGUUGUAAACUGGCAUCUGGUAUUCUGGAUACUGUCUGUCAACCAGAGGACCGAUUCAAAUUUUUAUUUUCGCCCUGCAAAUGUAGGAUACAUUCAUAACCUUAUCUCUAAUCUUAAAUCCUCAGAAAGUUGUGGGCUGGAUAAUAUUUCUAGUCGCCUCUUAAAGCCUUGUAGUCUCUAUAUAAUCUCAAACUCUAUAUGUGAUAUUUAUAAAUCACAUGCUGGAGACUGGAAUAUUUCCUGAUGAUUGGAAAAAGGCAAAAGUAAAUCAUAUUUUAAAGUCUGAUGACAGAAAUAUUCCGAGCAACUAUCGACCGAUUUCUGUUCUACCUGCCAUAUUGAAAAUUAUAGAAAGGGCGCCAUGCGCACUCAGCUGUUAGAGUAUUUUCAAGCAUGUUAUCUUUUAACAGAGUCUCAGUCUGGCUUUAGACCUAAUCAUUCAACUUGUACAGCUUUCAUAAGUACAGUAUACCUUUGGCGUACCAACUUGGAUGCUGGUAAACUUAAUGGUAGUGUAUUUAUUACUUUGGUGGAGGGCAAAGUAAAGGAUUCCUGACGCUCAGGAAUGUCCCAAAGUUGAUUGUUUUGGGACAAGAUUGGGUCUGGGGUUUCAUAGAACGUCUGAAGUUCAUAACUAUAAUUUGAGGGGUUCCAACUAUGAUCUCCAAUUACCACUUCCUGAAACAAAUUUUCUUGAGCGCUCAUUCUCUAAUCAGGGUGCAAUGGCUUGGAACCAACUUUCAAAAACACGUGGGAUAGAAGAUCUUACUAGCAUUAAACUUGCAAUAUCCUGAGAUAUAACUUUUUAUUCUUAUUUUUAUUUUGUAUGACCUAUUUCUUCUUAUUAUAUUGUAUCUAAAUAAAUCUUGCUUACAUAAAACUAGAUAGUUAUGUUUAUUUGAGUCGAUAGGAACAGAUAUAAAAUUGCAAAAAUUGAUUUGAUUUGAUUUAACUCUGGGUUCCUAGUCAUGUAGUGUCCCCUGUGGGCCGGUGGUGAGCAUUGGGUGACUCUGGCCUGAGCCGCCGUAAAAAGGGGACUACUAACCUUGUUUGACUCCAAAGGUAUCUUCAUACCCUCCCCAACCCCAACACACAGGGUAUGGUGUUUUGGAAACAGAACACUGCCACCAUUCUACACCAAUGCGUUCAGAGGCCAAAUCUUUGACAAAAAGAUCUGGAUCAAUCAGUAAAAAUCAGAAUUGAUGUUCUAAAUAACAGCAAGCAUAUCCACACAGUAAAGAGAGAAAGAAAAUCCAAAGUAAAACCAAAAAUUUAUUUAUCUUAUUUGUGCCCAACAUUUUUGGUUUGGAAGACAAACCUUUGGCAUGGGGGCUAAAAACAUUACAAAGUGUUUACUUUAGGAAACAAGAUAUAUUAAGAAAAUGUGAUAAAUAUGAUUCAUAACUUUUAUCUCAAAGAAUUCAAGCUCACACCACUAAGGUAACUGCAGUACUAAAGAACUAUGGAAUUUUAAUAGGAAAAAGAAGUGCUUGUAAUAAUUUGCGUAUUAUUUUUUUCCUGAACAGGAGCUCAUGCUGACUACUCCAAAGUUCCUGCUUCGAGCCUGAUAAAAAUUCCACCUGAGAUCAGUUUUGAACAGGCAGCUACAGCUAUAGUACAAGGGAUGACUGCACACUACCUUGUGCAUUCAACAGGACGAGUGAAGCCUGGAGACAAGGUCCUGGUGCACACAGCUGCAGGGGGUACUGGGUCUCUGGUGUGCCAAAUGGCCAAAAAUGCUGGUAAUAAUAAUAAUAAUAAUAAUAACAACAAAUAAUGGUGUAAUAUGGCCAUUUAAUCUACUUAUAAUACUUGAAAAUUCCAAUUGACACUUUCUGCUGAAAAAAUAUUCUAUCAAUUUAUAAAAAUGCCUAAAAAGCUCAAACCCACUCAUAUGCUGUACAUUUUUAUGUCAUUUCAAGGUGAUUUGGCUUGUGAGGGUCAUUAAUGUGAUUGACUGCGUAAAACAUUCCUAACGAAAGAUGCCUGGAAAAUAAGAACAUGUUUGUUGCAAAUGAAUUUUAAUGAAAAAGUUGCCUCACUCCUCAUUAGUGGUACAUCUUUUUAAAGAAUUUCAACAUAUGACAUUUGAGCAUUUUCAGGUAGUAGAAUACCAGGAGAAGGACCGGCAAGAAUAGGGAGAAAGCAAAGAAAGCUUUAAAAAAGGCCUGCCACUUCCAAGUUCCAGAAACCCUCUCUUUCAAAAUGAGGCCAAGUGCACAACCUUAUUAUGAAAAUGAGUUUUAUUUGCAUGAGAAGGAAAAAUCAUUGCCAUAUCAAAAUGCGUAAGCAAUUCUUGGAUGUUUGUAAAACACGGUAAAAGGCAACUCUAAAUUGGCCAUCUUAGUCUGGUUGAAUGAAGCAACUUGCGGUGAAACUGGUGAAUGGCUGUGUAAAGCAAUAGUCCACUUCUGAGUUCCAAAAUCCCUCACUUGUCAACUUGAUAAGCUCUAGAGGCCAAUCGCAAAACCUUUCUUGUGGAAAUGAGUUUUAACAUUUGCUUCCCUGUUUAACAAUAUAUUCGAAUUCGCAUAUAGCCUGCUUAUUCCUACAGGCGCCUUUGUGAUUGGGACAACCAGUACAGAGGCUAAAGCAGCAAAGGUGAGGGAGUCUGGGGCCGAUGAGGUCAUCCUUUACUCACAAAAAGAUUUUGUGGAAGAAGUGAACAGGAUAACUGAUGGAAAAGGAGUAAAUGUGAUUUACGAUGGCGUCGGGAAAACAACUCUACAUCGAGGUACAGUAUUAAGUAACUCCUCUCUCCUCUGUACAGUCAUCUUAAGACUUUACCUGCACUACUUUUGACCUGCUCCGAAGCUGACAAUAGCCUUAGAUAGGCAGGGUUACCGGUCCUUUCGAUGCAAAGUCUUUUCGACACAAGUUUAUUCAGUCGAGGUGUAAGUAGUUCCACGUACUGGGCUUAAAGAAGGACGAAUAUUCACCAAAAAUGUUGUUCUUGUUCGCAAGAAAACUAUACUUAAAGUGAACGAAAUUUUUGUGUAUUUUCACUGCUUGAGUUUGUAUGGAAACGACCGGUUUCCUUAGAAAGAUGUAUUGGAGGCGUAGUUUCGGAAAUGUUAAGGCUGGUUAUUGAAACGUUUUUGUUUUUGUUUUUUGCUCCAUUUGUUUUCGGUUUUAAAGUCGGUACCUCUAAUGCAUCUUCAAAUGCGUUAAUUUCAUCAGAAUACCACGAAACGCACAAAGUCAAAUUGGUCGUAGAUUUCUCUGUCUCGUAUGAGGUAACUUACAGAUUAGAGGGAGUGGAUAAGUAUUUUUUUCUGAGUUCAUCGAGUCCAUUUAUGGGAUAAGUACACACAACCUGAAAGCUGUAAUGUCUAAGAAAAUAAUUUUUGUAAAAGCUUCCAGAGCAGGUUUUUUCUCUCUUUAGGGGCGAGCGAAUGCAUGCGCGAGACGAGCGCGGUAUGCCAUUCAUCCCGCGCGGUGCGAGGUGCGACCAAUUUUAUAAUAUAAUUGUUGAAAGGUAUAGACUAUACCGAGAGAGAAGGUCCAGGUACAUUUGUAUGGCAGAUGAGAAGCGAACUGUAGAAUUUGUAUGAUUACUCCCAAUCUUUACAAAAAGAUGCUCCUAUUGGUCUUCAAAAAAAAAAAGGUUUAGAGGAUAAAGCGGACUUUGCACUGGUGUAUUUGUGGUGAACUUCAUGCACAGCAAGUGUAGAUUGCGCCAAAAAAGGAAAGUAGAUGAAUAGAACUUAACUCCUCCUCAGUUUCAAAGCUAAAGCGUCACUAUAAUGAAUAUUAUAUUAUUGUUUUGAAAGGCUUUUUGUGUUGACGAAGGGUUUACCCUAUAGGAAGAUCAUUGCUCAGGGCGGGACUAGCCCGGUAUCCGCUCAGAUGCGGAUCCACACCGGUUUCCAACUUUUAAAGGAAAUCGGUCAGAUUUGUCUUAAUAAACUAUGUUUUGAUAGUAAAAAAUACUUUCCAAGUUGAAAUGUAGCCAAUAUCCUGUCUGAAUGACUCGGAAACCCAGGAAAGAGGACUUUAGGGAGUUAAAUCAAAAAAUUCCCCGGGGGAGCAUGUCCCCGGACUCCCCUAGAAACUUGCGCUUUCGGCGCUCGGUUUGGGAAAUCGGUCAUUAGUUAUCCUAGAUCCGCGCCUGCCGCUCCAGUGUCCUGAACAGUGGAUCACCUUUUUCAGCCCCACAAAUUAUGAUGCCUGAUACAAAAAUGUUGCAGGUUUCAAUUGCUUGGCUGUCCAAGGAAUCAUGGUAUCCUAUGGCUUGAUAUCGGGACCUGCUGAGCCUGUGGAGAUCAGCACCCUCGCAAAAGGAUCUUUCUCCUUAUGCCGACCACACUUGACCCAUUAUAUUGCCACAGACGAAGAUUUGAAAUGGCGAAGUUCCGAAGUCUUUGACUGGAUUAAGGAAGGCAAAGUUAAGAUUGGCGACUUCACAGUGUUUCCUCUGUCGGAUGGAAGGAAAGCUUAUGAGUUGAUGGAAAGUGGAAAGUCCACAGGGAAAAUAUUGAUGAGGCCGUAACGUGCGCACUGUUUUACUUCCAAGAUCUGCAACGAACCAAAACAAUGUGUGUUCGAAGCUAUAAUCUGUAUAAUCAGGGAGCUUUAGCAUCAUCGACGGCGACGUCGACAGCCGUUAAAACGUCGCUUUUGAAAUUAAUUCACGUUUUUUAGAACCUUUGUCACGUUUGAUGCAACUUGGUUAAAUGUUAAAAGCCGAGUAGGUGAAUUCCUUGGAGUUGAACUAUUCUUGGAGAGCAUACAGGUGCUGCACGUACAAAAUUGUUCUUUCGUUUGACAUUGCUCAGGGACACCCAACGACGGUUUCCUCCUGUACAUUGAAAGCACUUUUUAGGCUAUCCAGAGUAAUUUUAGAUCUCUAGAAGUGCAUUUUAAACAGCGCUAUAACAUUUGUAUCUGUUCGGUCAUCCUAGGAAACUUGAGUCUUUUCGAAAUUAUUAGGGCUUCAGUACUACUUUCCCGAAAAAUUUAGAUGCAAUUUAACGUUUUACGAAAGUGAGAAUUUUUCGAAUUCCUCUCUCCAUAGCAUUUUUUAAUCCGAAAAUUUUAGGUUUCCUUUUUACUACGAGAAAUAGCUAAACCUGGGGAUCGAAAUGUGAAAAGUUAUACUUAAAAAAAUCGUAGGGAAUUUAUUCGCCAGGCUUCGAAAAUUAAACAUGAAUGGAACGGUCAUCUAGACAUUUUUAGCCUUCCUCAAGCUAUAGAAAAAUCUAGGCAAUUUUUGCUUCUCCGAACAGAUAUUUUACAGAAAACAGUCUUUGGGUGUGCCCCUGAUUGCUUAUCAAACCUAUUGGUUUUUCCGAAGUUGAUGUUGCCGUCGCUGUCGUAUUUCGGGUCCGCGGAUAGUGAGACAAGCUUUGAAAAUGCUUGCGCAGAUGGUUAAUUCAAUGGUUAAUAAUGUCAGAUCUAGAGAAAAUAAGGAAACAACUUGUUUUCUGCCCAUUACUCCUGAUUAGAUAAAUUUUGUAGGCAUUUUAUAGAAGAUGUUAGACUGUUCAGUACAGCAAAUUUUAAGAACUCUUUAUGUACUUCCAGCCGAGGGUUUUUUAUCAUAGAUAGUAGGUGGCAAUAUGCAUGCCAUCGAUACCGAUGAUUUUCGGGAAGAAAAAAACCAAACGAAACGAAACCAAUGUUCCCCUUAACAUCACUUUUGAUGAACAAAUACGCAAUCACUACGAAUUAACUAUUUAACAGACAUCAUAUUCAAUUCAUUUUAUUUCACUCCAAUAGUGGACUCCUUAAACCUCUCUUACACUGAUGCUUUAUGUGAUAAAUAGUAUACCUUUAUGGGGACAGAAAUGUGACCUUAACUACAGUAACAGUUUCCAACGUAAUGUAACUUAUACUGUACAUUGUAACAGGUACGUUUUAUCAGCUGUAAACUUUCAUAACCGUCACACUGACGAUGACGGAUGUACCGUCGAAACAUGUUAAAAUUCAAAAAGUCGCACCAGUUUCGAAAAUUUCUGCGGUUUUGCUGCUUUCUCGGCCAUUUAGUAACAGUUUCGCUUUUAACUGCUUCAACAAUUAUUCUACCUCUGGAUCACCUGAAGCUCUGUCACUUUUGAAGGAAAGUGUUACCACCUCAUAUUCAUUCACCAGGAAGUCAGUUUUAAAUUCUCCGUGUCUGCUGAAUAACUUGUUAAACACGAACGUGACGCGUAUCUGCAUGGCUAAAUACUGUACUUCAUUUGGUAUUAAAACGGGAAGUGUAAAAUUGCUGAAGUUUUCGCCUGAUGUGCCUGAUAAGCAUCCUCCUCUCAUCAAUAACUCAGGAACACAAACAAGAGUUCGUUUACAAAGGCCUUUUCCCCGAAAAGGUGGAAAUUGGAAAACCGUCAUGGCGUUGUAAUGCGGAAAUAACCGAGCCGACAAUAAUAGUCAGGAAUGGUCUGCAAGUGUAAAUAGUUAUAAGCGAUUGUUUUAAAUUUGGAUCUCACGUUGCGCUUUCACGAGUUUGCUUUUUUACUUUUCACCACCACAAAGUGAGUUAAAAAGAAAUGAAAAACUCUUUCAAGAAGUUUGCGGUGGAUACAAUGAAUAGAACACAUGGUAACUACUCUGGGACUUCUAACCAUUUUUGCAGAAUCAAACUGAUUGUUUCCAGUUAUCCUGCUAUUCCUGAUAAUUCGUGCUACAAACUCAAAAUUUCUACAGUAGCGGACAGUCUGUCAAAAGCUUAACCAGAUCUCAAAAAAUUACUUUUUGUCCUAUGAGGAAAUCAUGACCAUCUAUUUUCUUGGUAGCUAACCUGCAAACAAAGGGAAGAAAGACCUCCUGAUCGCACGUUACUUGGAAGCGGAAGCAAAGAGCGGUUCAUAGUGUCUAAACAGAAGUCCAGCUAUGCUAAAGAAUAUUUCCUACAGGGCUUAAUAUAAUUCACGAUCAUUGCAAUUUAUUUAUAAAUAUUAUAGUAUUAUAAGUAACAAGACAUGCGCACGUUUUGAGCAGGAGUGGCUGUAAACUGUAACUAGUAAAGUGGUUAUUAUUCAUCGCGCUACGUAAACUCGUCUAUACAAUUCUUUUCGCUUGUGAAAAGUGGGAAAUUCAGGGCUCG